AACUGUUACUAUCUAUGAACUUAACCACAGACGUCAAAAACGAGGACAACGCUUUUAAAAAUAUAUGUUGUUCAAUGUACAGUUUGUGAUCAAUAACAUUAAACUAAAAUGGCUGAUGUUAUAUUAAAGCUUAAGCGUAAUCGCCCAGGUUCUAAAGCAAAGGAUUUUUGCCGAUGGCCUGAUGAGCCAUUUGAAGAGAUGGAUAGCACUCUGGCGGUUCAACAAUUUAUCCAACAAACUAUCAGACGCGAUCCUGCUAAUUUAGAAGCAAUACUUAAAAUGCCAGAAGCGCAGGAUGAAGGGGUGUGGAAGUAUGAACAUUUAAGACAAUUUUGUAUGGAAUUAAAUGGAUUAGCAGUUAGAUUGCAAAGUGAGUGUAAUCCAGAGACCUGCCCUCAAAUGACAGCGACUGAGCAAUGGAUUUUUCUAUGUGCUGCACACAAAACACCUAAAGAAUGUCCAGCUAUUGACUAUACAAGGCAUACUCUUGAUGGGGCUGCUUGUUUGUUAAAUAGCAAUAAAUAUUUUCCAAGCAGAGUCAGUAUUAAAGAGUCAUCAGUGGCAAAAUUAGGAUCUGUAUGUAGAAGAGUCUACAGAAUAUUCUCUCAUGCAUAUUUCCACCAUCGUGCAAUAUUUGACGCAUUUGAAAAAGAAACACAUUUGUGCAAGAGAUUCACAGAUUUUGUUACAAAGUACUCAAUAAUCUCGAAGGACAUUCUUAUACUGCCAAAAUUGGAUGAUGAACCACCAAUCACACAACCGGUUGGUGAAUCGGAAGCUUGAGACAGGAUUUUAGGACAACAAUGUCAAGAGUUUCUCAAAAUACUUAUUAUUUUAAUAGCAAUAUGUAAAUUAUUAAACAUCUCAAUUACCAAGUAAAGAAAAAACAUUUUUGUAUUUUUGUGUAUAUUUAAUUAUUCAAGUGUAUGCUUUUCUCCACUAUGCUUAGAUAUUAUGACAUAUAUUGGAAGUAUUGGUAUAUUUUAUCCAAUAAAGUUAUGAUUAAAAAGUACCAGUGAAAAUACUUUUUAAUGUAUUACAAAAUACCAUUGAGGUUUUUCUCAAUUGACAAUGUAGCUAUUAUUCUCUAUAAAUAAAAUCUGCAAUAUAAGUACAAUAGUUUUUUGUUGUUAUUAUA